GAAAUAUCAAUGACGAUCUGUAUAGCCCUUGUUUGUAUAAUCAAAAUAAUACAAUGAACAAUGAAUUUUAAAAAUAUUUUGCAAAUACAAAACCGACGAAGCCGUUCAAAAUUAUUUGAAAAUUGUAAGAUUUUCCUCCCAAAAACAAUUCGCUGCAUCUAUACCACAUCCAUUCUAAAAGCCAUGAAAUAUCUAAACCAACAAGAAGCCAUAAAUGUGGAUCAAGAACUGUUUAAUGAUUACAAAUUUAGUGUGGAUCAAUUAAUGGAAUUGGCUGGUCUGAGUUGUUCACACGCUAUUGCAAAGUGUUAUGCCGCACCACAAUACGCGCGUGUAUUGGUUUGUUGUGGGCCAGGAAAUAACGGUGGCGAUGGCUUGGUAUGUGCCCGCCACCUUUCCUUAAUGGGCUAUAAACCAAGGAUCUACUAUCCAAAGCCAACGCCAAAUCCGUUGUAUGAGAACUUAACACAUCAGUGCAAAUCGAUGAAUAUAGAAUUUGUUGAUGCUACGUCAGAUUUGGAGAACAUAAGUCAACAAUAUGAUCUCAUAGUGGAUGCCCUGUUCGGUUUUAGUUUUAAACCCCCGGUUAGAGAGACGUUUGUUCCAAUUAUAAAUGUUCUGCAAAAUACUAAAUUACCAAUAGCGAGCAUUGACAUACCAAGUGGUUGGCAUGUGGAAAAUGGCAAAAACAACGAAUGUGAUUUUGAACCUAGUCUUUUGAUAUCAUUGACGGCCCCCAAGUUGUGUGCUAAGUUCUUCAAGGGACCUCAUCACUAUUUAGGCGGCAGAUUUGUACCACCAGCCUUGCGAGAAAAAUAUCAACUAGAUUUACCCGAAUAUCCAGGGACUGAGACCUGUGUUAAACUAUCAUAAAGACAACAGGUUUAACUUAAAUAUUCAACUAUAUAUUUCGUUUUAUAUAUUUACACUUUCGUAAAUCACAAUAAAAAAUCCAAGGGAAAGAUAAAAUUAUAUAUCUUAAAAUAGAA